CUGCUUCAGUUGAAAUAUUCUGAAUGAGUGAAAAUGUCAUUGCCAAAGAUCUUGAGUUUUAAACUCAUUUUGAUGCUGUCUGUAUUCACCGGACCAGCUAAUGGAUAUUAUACCUACCUUUUUGGAGAAUGCCUCUACAGCGCCUCUGAUUACAGUGACAUGGUGUUCAUUGUUGGGUGGUACUACAAUAAAUAUUUAUACACGCAGUUCAACAGCACUGAGGGAAAGUUUGUAGGGUUUACUGAGUAUGGAGUGAAAAAUGCAGAGGCCUGGAAUAACAAUCCUGCACUACUGCAGGCAGCGAGAACUUCAGUGGACACAUUCUGCAAAUAUAAUGCUCCACUCUUUGACUCCGGUGUCCGUGAUAAAACAGUUAAACCGAGAAUUAAACUCAGUUCUGUAAAGGAAUCUGAUGGUGAACAUCCAGCUAUGCUUAUGUGUAGUGCAUACAACUUCUAUCCACAAAGAAUCAAAGUGACCUGGUUAAAAAACAACCAACCUGUGACCUCUGAUGUGACCUCAACUGAGGAGCUGGCUGAUGGAGACUGGUAUUAUCAAAUCCACUCCCACCUGGAGUACACCCCCAAAUCUGGAGAGAAGAUCUCAUGUAUGGUGGAGCAUGCCGGCUCUACUAAACCUAUGAUUGUUGACUGGGAUCCCUCUCUUCCUGAGUCUGAGAGAAAUAUGAUUGUUAUUGGGGCUUCUGGUCUAGUGCUGGGAAUCAUCAUUGCAGCUGCUGGACUCAUUUACUACAAGAAGAAAUCAGCAGGGAGGAUCCUGGUACCACAUUAAUGAUAGCUGGUUUCUUUCAUUGUAACAUUUUGGAUGUUGUUCAUUUUUUAAUUUCUUUAUAACACACACUGCAUCUGUGUCAUCAGACAAUGCAUAAUCAUAAGGAAUUAAAUAUUUAAACCUUUUUAAUACUUGCAUGAUUAAUGAUUGCACAAAUUGUACAGUAUGUCCUCAUAUAUAUUAACAGCUUGGACCCUUGAUGGAUAUUCAGUUUUUAUGACAACUU